ACCAAGUUGUCGGUACUGUACAGCCCUAAAAAUAGCUCGACACUCCCACCAAUUUACUGCUUCCACGGGUUUAGUCUGUACCUCGUGUCCUGUGAUCCGAGUUUUGCGUCUAUGUACAGUGGCGCAGUGUCCGGUAUACUGUCAUUGGGGUAACUCUUAUUUUGGCUUUCACUCCAGUGAUCAUGCAACCGCAUGUAUUCUGGUCUUCCUGGAUGAUGACGAGAGGACUUAUUCUCUUAUGAGACAGCUAGUACGAGUUCCUGCAAGAUUAUAAAUCGGCAUUGGGACCAUACGGGUAGAAUUGAACAACCUCAUUUACCACAUAGGACAAGUUCAAUUAGUGCAUAGGAACAAUGGCCGGAGCGCUGAAUCUCAUCCUUGCCAUGUCGUGGCUGUCCCUCAUCUAUGCCCAGUCCGGUGGCCAAGCAACAACUACAUCAUCCUCGGCUGCGAGUGCUGUCCACACUGUUGAUGUAGGGGAGCAUGGUCUCACAUUCGAUCCAGACACUCUUUCAGUCUCCCCCGGAAGCAAAGUCGAGUUCCACUUCUACCCGGGCAACCAUGCAGUGGCUCAGGGUGCCUUUUCAAAACCGUGCCACCCGUUUAACCAGUCGAGUUUCUUCAGCGGGUUUAUUCCAGCCACAGACGGAGAAUCUCCUGAGGUCUUUACAUUGACUGUUAACGAUACCAACCCUAUCUGGUACUACUGUCCCCAAGUCGGACAUUGCCAGGCUGGUAUGGUCGGGGUCAUCAAUCCUCCACGCAAUGGCCCAGAUACUCUUGAUGCAUUCAAGUCAGCAGCAAAGGAUGCAGGAGAUACUACGGUACCUGCUGCGGUUGGUGGUGGCACAUUAGGAAAACCGAGCACUGCGUCCACGACGAGCAGCGGUACCUCUCAAACUAUGACGUCCACUGGCUCCUCUACUAGUAGCAGUGCUACAACAAGCUCGAGUUCGAAUUCCGGUUCCAGUUCGACUUCGACGGCUACUUCUACUUCGAGUUCAAGCCCCUCCCCGACAAGUGAGGGGUCAAGAUUUUGCUCUUGGUCGUCUCUGAGUAUCGUCAUGCUCCUGUCUGUUUUUGCAGCUAUGCUUAUAUCCUAACCUGUGAGUCCUGGGUAUGCCUUUACUUGCUUCUUACUGCAGGUGUGGCGGCGCCAAAAGCGGACAUAUCUGCGGUAUUUCUAUUUUGGUAUCGUCGAUAUUGAUUUAACAGCCUAUAAGCCACGCAGGGGCAUCCUUUUCACAGCUGUUGGGAGAUGGAGGAGUGGAAUUAUCUAAUUAGCAUUCCUCACAUGCUGUACGUAAUAGGUAGUUUUAUGGAGACACGUUAGCAAGUGUAUAUUAGUAAACUGAGAUCCAUUUUGCCG